CCCUCCCUCCCCACCGUCCCUCCCUCUCCGCCUGCCGUGGUCUCUCUUGGUCCGCUUGCAGCAAGUCUCCUUCCGAGCGAGGAGGAUAUAAUCACUACAGAGAUGGCUGUGAAUGUGUGUAGAUCAGUUCUUCUGUUGUCCCGUAGUAGCGGACAUGUGUCCAGCGGGCUCCCCGCUCUAGUUAUCUCGUCCCGGCGGCACCAGCAGCACAUAGGAGCGGACCAGCCUGUCAGGAGAGCACAUGUCCUGCGAUCAUCCUCCCGCUCUGCACUGUUCACCCAGCCUCCCACCAGCCUCUCAACCACCCUCUCCGCCCAGGGUUGGAGGGGCGACCCCUCGUGGCAUGGCCAGAGGCUGCUGUGUUCCUCCGCCACUCCAGAAGAGGUGACGGUGGUAUACCAGAAUGGACUGCCGGUGAUCUCAGUCAGUUUGCCGUCCCGGAGAGAGCGAUGCCAGUUCACUCUGAAGCCACUCAGUGACUGUGUUGGGGUGUUUCUCACACAGCUACAGACAGAGGACAAGGGCAUCGACCGAGUAGCCAUCUACUCUACAGAUGGGACGAGGGUAGCCUCUUCUACAGGGAUAGACAUCCUGCUGUUGGAUGAUUUCAACCUGGUCAUCAACAACGUUCGGCACCUGGUGCGGCCGCCUCGGAGAGAUCUGCUGGCCCAGGAGGAGGCAGAGCGUCUGAAUGACGUUAAGUUGCUGGUUCAGCAGCUCUACACCACCCUGCGUAUAGAAGAGCAUCAGCUUAGUAAAGAGAAGGAACUAGUGGUCAGAUUGGAGGACCUGAACUCACAGCUACGUCCUCUGGAGAAGGUGAGGGAGGAGCUGAGUCGUAAGGCGGAGCGUCGUACCACCUGGGUGCUGUGGGGGGGCGUGGCCUACAUGGCGACACAGUUUGGGAUUCUGGCGCGCCUCACCUGGUGGGAGUACUCCUGGGACAUCAUGGAGCCUGUUACCUACUUCAUUACCUACGCCACCGCCAUGGCUAUGUACUCCUACUACGUACUCACACGCCAGGAGUACAUUUAUCCUGACGCCAGGGACAGACAGUACCUGCUGUUCUUCCACAAGGGGGUGAAGAGACAACGCUUUGACGUCCACAAGUACAACCAGCUGAAGGACUCUAUCGCUGAGGUGGAGUUAGAUCUGAAACGUCUGAGGGAUCCCCUCCAGCUCCAACUCCCUGUCCAGCAACUCACCGCCGCCAGCAAAGAUUGAUAUCCUCCCUUCCCUCCAUCCCUCCUAACCUCACCUUCCCCUCUCUCUCUCUCUCCCUCCAUCCCUCCUAACCUCACCUUCCCCUCUCUCUCUCUCCGUCCAUCCACCCUCUUCCACCUUUACUUUUUCUCUCUCUCUCUCUCUUUGACAGGCCUAUCCUUUAGUCAACCUCCGUGGGAGUUUCUCCUCUGUUUGUUCUCUUGGAUGAUAAUUGCAAGUAAAACCAUAUCAAGAGGAGUUUUGGCAACAAGAAAGAACAGACACUGAAUCCUUCUAGAGAGGUAGAUGGUGAAACUGGAACUGCAACUCUAGGGGACGUACAGGAAGUGAGACGCUACGGGGGGAGAGGAGCUACAGCCGAGGCGAGGCAUAGGGAGAAGACAGACGGACACAUUUAUGAGCGUGUGUGACCUACUAUAUCUAUGGACUAGUUGGCCCACAGUGCAGCUGGAGCCUUCAAACUGUUAACUGACACACCACCACUCCUUGGGACGUCUAUGGAUGGACUGAA